CUCAGACGCGCCCGGACGCCUCGUUGGGAGCCAAUCAGAGGGCGUGACGUCAGUUUGGCGGGGAGUUUGGUGGCCGGGGCUUACAGUGGCGGGAGUUGGAGGCAAUAGCUUGUCGAGUUCUGAGGGGCGCAAAGCUAGGAUUUCUGCUGAAUCUGGAGGUAUUUCCACGGCUUUUCCCUCAGUUAAGCCUCUUCCUCUGGCCCCGAUGCUCUUCAAUUCGGUGCUCCGCCAGCCCCAGUUUGGCGUCCCGAGAAACGGAUGGUCUUCACAUUACCCUCUACAGUCCCUUCUAACUGGUUAUCAGUGCAACUAUAAUGAUGAGCACACUUCCUAUGGAGAAACAGGAGUCCCAGUUCCUCCUUUUGGAUGCACCUUCUCCUCCGCUCCCAAUAUGGAACAUAUACUAGCAGUUGCCAAUGAAGAAGGCUUUGUUAGGUUAUAUAACACAGAAUCACAAACCGGUAGAAAGAAGUGCGUCAAAGAGUGGAUGGCUCACUGGAAUGCUGUCUUUGACCUAGCCUGGGUCCCUGGUGAAUUUAAGCUUGUUACAGCAGCAGGUGAUCAAACAGCCAAAUUUUGGGAUGUAAAAGCUGGUGAGCUGAUUGGAACGUGCAAAGGUCACCAGUGCAGUCUCAAGUCAGUUGCCUUUUCUAAGUUUGAGAAAGCUGUCUUCUGUACAGGUGGAAGAGAUGGCAACAUUAUGGUCUGGGACACCAGGUGCAACAAAAAAGAUGGAUUUUAUAGGCAAGUGAAUCAAAUCAGUGGAGCUCACAAUACCUUAGACAAACAAACCCCUUCAAAACCUAAGAAGAAACAAAAUUCAAAAGGGCUUGCUCCUUCUGUGGAUUUCCAGCAGAGUGUUACUGUGGUCCUCUUUCAAGAUGAGAAUACAUUAGUCUCAGCAGGAGCUGUGGAUGGGGUAAUCAAAAUAUGGGAUUUACGUAAGAAUUAUACUGCUUAUCGACAAGAACCCAUAGCAUCCAAGUCUUUCCUGUACCCAGGUAGCAGCACUCGAAAACUAGGAUACUCAAGUCUGAUUUUGGAUUCUACUGGCUCUACUUUAUUUGCUAACUGCACAGAUGACAACAUCUACAUGUUCAAUAUGACUGGAUUAAAGACUUCUCCAGUGGCUGUCUUCAAUGGACAUCAGAACUCUACCUUUUAUGUUAAAUCCAGUAUUAGUCCAGAUGACCAAUUUUUAGUCAGUGGCUCAAGUGAUGAAGCUGCCUACAUCUGGAAGGUCUCCACACCCUGGCAUCCUCCUACUGUGCUCCUGGGUCAUUCUCAAGAGGUCACAUCUGUGUGCUGGUGUCCAUCAGACUUCACAAAGAUUGCUACCUGCUCUGAUGACAAUACACUGAAAGUCUGGCGCUUAAAUAGAGGAUUAGAGGAGAAAUCAGGAGGAGAUAAACUCUCCAUAGUGGGCUGGGCCUCUCAGAAGAAAAGAGAAGCAAGAGCCGACCUAGUAACAGUGACAAGUAGCCAGAGUACUCCUGCCAAAGCCCCCAGAGUAAAGAGCAGUCCGUCCGUUUCCUCCCCGUCAUCAGCAGCUUGUGCUCCAAGCUGUGCUGGAGACCUCCCUCUUCCUUCAAAUACUCCUACAUUCUCUCUUAAAACCCCUCCUGCCAAGACCCGGUCUCCCAUCAGCAGAAGAGGCUCCGUGUCCUCUGUCUCUCCCAAGCCACCCUCAUCCUUCAAGAUGUCCAUUAGAAACUGGAUGACCCAAGCACCUUCCUUGUCACCACCCAUCACUCCACCUGCUUCUGAGAACAAGAUCACAUCUCCAAGAAAAGCUCUCAUACCUGUGAGCCUGAAAUCAUCCCAAGCAGUGGCUUGUUCUGAGUCUAGAAAUAGAGUAAAGAGGAGGCUAGACUCGAGUUGUCUGGAGAAUGUGAAACAGAAGUGUGUGAAGAGUUGCAGCUGUGUGACUGAGCUUGAUGACCCUGUUGAAAAGCUCCAUUUAGAUCUGUGCUGCCUUGCCGGUAACCAGGAAGACCUUGGUAAGGACUCUCUAGGUCCUACCAAACCAGGCAAGAUUGAAGGAGCUAGUAUGAAUGUCUCAGAGCCUCCUUCUCCUGCCAGUCCUUAUGCUUCAGAAGGCUGUGGAACGCUACCUCUUCCUUUGGGGUCUUGUGGAGAAGGCUCUGAAGUGGUAGGCAAAGAGAAUAGCUCCCCAGAGAAUAAAAACUGGUUAUUGGCCAUGGCAGCCAAACGAAAGGCUGAGAAUUCAUCUCCACGAAGUCCACCAUCCCAAACUCCCAACUCCAGGAGACAGAGCGGAAAGACCUCUCCAGGCCCGGUCACCAUUACUCCCAGCUCCAUGCGGAAAAUCUGUACAUACUUCCAUAGAAAGCCGCAGGAUGACUACUGUAGUCCAGAACAGUCAACAGAAUUGUAGAUUCUAACCUAAGUGAGUUAACUGAACUUUGGCCCACUGAAACAAGAUUAAAAAGUACAACAGAGUGAUUCUGUAACUCUGGUCUUUAAAAAAGCUGCCAUUUUUUCAUUUUUAGAGAAAAUCCUUUCAACUCCAAAACGUACCUAGUCUGGUUCUACUACCACGGUGUGCCACGAGCAGCUUCCUUGGGAUGAGUGCUGUGUUUAAAUUUCAUAAAGUAAGUGUGUCACUCUGUAACAUUUUGAGUAGUCUUUACUUUUUAACUUAUGCAUCUUCUGUACAAUAAUGACAUCCCAGCUCAGAGGCAAAAAACAAGACUUGUCUCUUGUUACUCUGAGACUUUCUGUGCACCGUGAAAAGUAUCUGCUGGCCACAACAGGAGGCCUGUCUGUGAAGGCCAACUGCUGAAGAAGACCCUGGGUCUGUGCCGCCUCCAACAAAUACAGUUUCAUUUAAAAUAUAUAUAACCUUUUCACUACAUUUUUGUGGGGGUUUUUAAGUAUGUGGUAAAAUGGAAUGUUUAGAUAAGUCCAUUACUAUUGAAUGAGUGUUAAAAUGCAAUCUCUUAAGUUAAAAUCAUCUUUAUUUUAAAAGCAGUGAUAAAUACCAUGUCUUUGGAGAAAAUAGGAGAACAACACUAGAAACCUUUGUCUUUUUUCCCCGCAAAUAUAUCUCCCAUGUGAGAUCUAAGGUCCCCAUAUUUUUACCAAGCAAUCCACUACUGUUUCUAAUCCAACACUGUGUUCUAGAAGAGAUCAUGAUUUUUGCCAUUUAUUAGAGUAAGAUGGUUAUAAAAUCAGUAGUCAUACACUAAAGCUGGGGAUUGAAGCCAGUCCUCAGUUCUCUAAGGGCUGCAACUUUUAAAAAAAAUUAAGUUAUCAGAUUUUAAGAAAAAGUAAUGAUUUCUUAUUGACAUUUUUAUAAAAGUAGGUCUGAACUGAAAGCCCAGAUUAAAAAAUAAACCUUGUCUUUAACUUGAUUUGGGGGAUUCUCUUCAUUUCCAUAAAAAACAAUAAUCCAGUAGAGUCGAGUCAAAAAGCCAUGCGAUUUUCUCCAGAUAUUUGAGAGAGUAUAUAGACUGACUCUAAGUUAAUAAUGUGCAAAGUGUCUUGAAUAUCCCUUAUUGAUCAACAUAAAAUGAACCGUUGUUUUAUAUUUUAGCCCUUUGGAACCUCAUAGAAACAAGGUCCAUGUGUUAGGUAUGUACUGUGUCCUUGGAAGGGAGUCUCCUAGUCAUGAAACGCGAUUCAUUUUAUCCAGAUCCCUAAGGACUGAGUAGACUUUAUUCGUGUUUUUAGUGUAAUUUUAAAGUCUAUUCUUAAUGAUAACCCUUUAAUUCCUUUGAUUCUUAUAAAUUAAGCUGUAACAACCAGAACUGCGUAGGUCAGUUAAGCAUGGGUCCUCCUGGUUUUAUCCAAGGAGAAAACUAGAUAAAGGGGAGCCAUAGAAUUGCUGUUUUCAACACAAAAUCUGCCACAGCAUUAACGGAAUAUUUAGGAAUUCUACUUAUAUUUGAUGUUUGAUUUUUGAGUGUAUGACUAUGGGAAGGUGUUAUUUAUGAUCAAUACCUGCCAGUAAUGCUCUCUCUGAUUUGAAAGCCAGUGGGGAAAAGAUCAUGAAAAAGAGAACUAAACAUGAUUUUCUUCCCGGCACAUCUCCUGACAGUUCUACUGAGUGAAAUUGGGGGUAAAGGUGGCUGUCAGAAACUGUGCUGAGAGUCUACAGGGUGUAACAUUCCCACUUGGAAAACUAGUACUUCAAAUGGGUGCCAAAGGUCAAAUGUAAUGAGAUAAUAAUUAUCCCUGCUCGUGUGAGUGUCAGACUUUGAGCUGCUCCUGAAUAAUAAAGCCCUUUAGCCUUAUCUG